GACAAUUGCCUAGGUGAACAGAAAAUGUCUGUUUCACGUAAAGAAUUUGAUGUGAAGCAGAUUUUACGCAUUCGGUGGCGGUUUUUUGGUCAUCCUGCAUCUCCUCCCGCUACAUCCAGUGACAAUCGACGGGGAGAAUUUUGGAGCAAGGAUCAAGGUGCAUCAAAUAAUGGGAGAAAAUUCUUAGACUCUGGUCACCUGCAUCAACCAUUGGUAUCUGUCAACUACCAGAGAUCCAGCCAGCAGGAAAUUCAGAAUUCACCAUCUUGGCAUGUGCCCCAUGCCCCAGAUCUCCCCUCAUUUGAGUUUACCACUGACGACUAUGAAUCAGUACAUUGGCAUGGCAGACAUGAACCCAAGGAUGAAGGGAGCGAAGAAGAGAAUGAAACUGACAGCAGUUCCUGCAGAACUUCAAGCAGCAGUCAGACCCUGUCCCCGUGCCAGACAAUGGAUCCUUCUGCCCCUGAAGAGUGCUUUCAGGCAUUAAACCAUGCAGAACAAACCUUCAAAAAGAUGGAGAACUAUCUUCGACACAAGCAGCUGUGUGAUGUUGUGCUUCUGGCCGAUGACCGAAGGAUUCCAGCUCACAGGUUGGUUCUUUCUUCAGUUUCAGACUACUUUGCUGCAAUGUUCACAAAUGAUGUAAGGGAAGCUAAACAAGAAGAAAUAAAGAUUGAAGGUGUGGACUCAAAUGCAUUAUGGGCAUUAGUUCAAUAUGCCUAUACAGGGCGGUUGGAAUUAAAAGAAGAUAAUAUCGAGUGCCUGUUGUCUACAGCCUGCCUGUUACAAUUGUCUCAGGUUGUUGAGGCAUGCUGUGGAUUCCUGAUGAAGCAGCUUCACCCUUCCAACUGCCUUGGAAUUCGUUCAUUUGCAGAUGCACAGGGCUGUACUGACCUGCAUAAAGUGGCUCACAAUUACACCAUGGAGCACUUCAUGGAUGUGAUAAGGAAUCAGGAGUUUCUACUGUUGCCAGCAAAUGAGAUAGUUAAACUGUUGGCUAGUGAUGAUAUGAAUAUACCAAAUGAAGAAACUAUAUUGAAUGCAUUGCUUAGCUGGGUGCGGCAUGAUACAAACAGCAGACAAAAGGAACUUAGCAAACUACUGGCAUACAUCAGGCUCCCUCUCCUCUGUCCUCAGUUUCUUGCAGACAUGGAGAACAAUAUGUUGUUUAGGGAUGACAUUGAAUGCCAAAAACUCAUCAUGGAAGCAAUGAAAUAUCACCUGUUACCUGAACGACGCAACAUGAUGCAGAGUCCUCGCACCAAGCCUAGAAAAUCUACCGUGGGUGUGCUGUUUGCAGUUGGAGGAAUGGAUGCAACGAAAGGUGCCACUAGCAUUGAAAGAUAUGACCUUCGCUCCAAUACUUGGACACAUAUUGCCAAUAUGAAUGGAAGACGACUACAAUUUGGUGUUGCUGUUCUGGAUGACAAACUUUAUGUUGUGGGAGGUAGAGAUGGAUUGAAGACUUUAAAUACAGUAGAGUGCUACAAUCCAAAAACUAAAAGCUGGAGUGUAAUGCCCCCUAUGUCUACACAUAGACAUGGCCUUGGAGUGGAAGUUCUGGAGGGUCCCAUGUAUGCAGUAGGUGGACAUGACGGUUGGAGCUAUCUAAAUACAGUUGAGCGAUGGGACCCACAGGCCCGGCAGUGGAACUUUGUCGCCAGUAUGUCAGUGCCACGAAGUACAGUUGGUGUAGCAGUACUUAAUGGAAAACUAUAUGCUGUUGGAGGUCGGGAUGGAAGUUCUUGCCUUAAGUCUGUGGAAUGUUUUGAUCCCCACACCAAUAAAUGGACCCCCUGUGCCCAGAUGUCUAAAAGACGAGGCGGUGUUGGAGUUGCAACGUGGAAUGGUUUCUUGUAUGCCAUUGGGGGGCAUGAUGCACCAGCAUCUAACUUGACUUCAAGGUUGUCUGACUGCGUAGAGAGAUAUGAUCCAAAAACUGAUACUUGGACAGCAGUGGCUCCAAUGAGCAUUAGCAGAGAUGCAGUUGGCGUUUGUUUACUUGGUGAUAGGCUGUAUGCAGUUGGAGGAUAUGAUGGACAGUCGUAUCUAAACACCGUGGAAGCCUAUGAUCCUCAAACUAAUGAGUGGAUGCAGGUUGCACCAUUGUGCCUUGGAAGAGCUGGAGCAUGCGUGGUCACUGUUAAGCUCUAAAUUUUUUUUAAAUGUAUAUUUUAUAUUUAACCAUUCUAUAAGUCCAUGAGAAAUAAAAUUACAUGACAUCUCUUGAAAAUUACUUCAAAUAAAACUGAAAGAUCCAACAAAUCCUAAUUGUACCAACCCACCCCAAAAAGUGUGUCCAGAGAUAACUGUACCUUUAGACAUUUCCUUUGAUUUUUUUUGUGUAGGAAAUAACAAGUUUCAAUUGAUAUGCAUUUAAAGUACACCCAACAUGAUGAUCAUGUCAACAAUAGGAGAGACUCAAACUUUAUUUUGAAAUCCUCCAAGUCCUUUUUGGGAUUUUAUUCUGAUUUAUUUUCUUAAUGCUGUUGAUUCACUGCUAAAAAAAAUUUGGUUAAGCAAAGAUUAAUUCGUAGAGAAAAAAUGUGCCUGUUUAAGGGAUCAAGAUCGAUUGUAAUUUUGUAAUAAUUAUGUUGUAGCUUUUAUUCUACUUUCAACAUUCCUCCAAAUACUCAUUGUCUGUACUUGGAAGUUCUAUUCUCUAUUCAGUUUCUGAUGGUGCACUGUACAAGUUCUAUAAUUGUUAAUUUAUUUUCUUUAAGCAGUGUGGAUUUUAUUUCCAUCAGAUUGAAAAGGCCAUGUGGUGUAACCAUGAAGGAAACAUUAAAUCUAUAAACCCAAUACAAGUUCACUGAGUGCACACUGUAAAGCUAAUUUUCCACUUUUGCACAUCCAGUAAACAGUGCACAUCAGAAACUAAAAUUGGAAUAAUGAUAUAAGAUGUUACAUCUGGCCAGCCUCAUUUUCCAUCCAUUAAUUUUACUGGACUAAAGAUGAGGUAGUGGCACCAGAUAGUCUAAUAAACAUUACAGCAUUGCUGUCCCAUCAUGAAUGCAAAAAUGGAAAAUCAUCCCUUCUUUAUCAUGUUUAGUUGCCCUUUGUCUUAAUGAAAACCAGGGAUUAAUUUUUAUAUAUCCUUUCAAAUUGACCAUAUUCUUUUUUUUUGUUUUUAAACCAAACUGCCUUUGUUAAAAAUGUAGAAGCACAUACAUAUUUAAUAUGCAAUAUAUUGAAGACAUUGUAAGUUUUUGUUUGUUGGUACAAGCAAUCAUUGUGUAACUGCUCCUUUACAGUACAUUAUGUUCUCAAAUAAGCCAUUAGCUGACCAAAUACAUGUUAUGUUCUUGUAUGUUAUGAUUGUUUCACCCACCAAAAAUAUAUCUAGUCAGAAAUUGUCUUUUGCAUCAGCCAUGAGACGUAACCCAUACUUUACUUAACCUCAGUCUACAAUUUUACUUUGUCUUCAUGACUAGAAUUUUUGUUUUUGUUGGCAAAAGGAGUCUAUAUCCUAGGACCUAUUAGAACCAGUUGUACAUAAAUAAGUGAUACAAAAAGGGAACUCUACCGGAGGUUGGUCAUACUUGCGAUCACUCCUGGGCGAAAUGACAUCCAUGAAAAAAUUGCUCCAAACGAUUCCAUCAUUCUUUUCCCUGAUGUUAAUUGUGCAUCUAAUGAUGUCCUAAUUUUCUAGCAUAAUUUGGAGUUUUUGGCUAUAACCUAUGACUUCUAUGAAUUGGGUGCAGCUAGGUUUACAUUGUGCUACUUUAUUGAAUUUGUGCCUAUUAAAAGGGACACUCUGCAGACACCAAGAGAGCUGACUUAGCAGUUUCAGAACUCAGUGCAGGCUACACAAAAGCCUUCCAAAGUUCAGAUUGUGCUUUUACUGAUAGGAAGCAGUUUCUCUAGCAUUUACCUGUUGAGAUAUUCAUUCCUGAGUGCCUUAGCACUGCUGGCUACAUACAAUUAGUAACCUUUCUAGCUGAGGCACAGUAAGGUCUGCAGCAUUGCCACACUAGUGUCAAUGAUCUCAGCAAAAUUAUUUGCCCUAAAUGAGGAGCAUUACAACAUUGCUAAUGUGUUUAGAAUCAUUCAAAUAAAAAUUAAAUAAUACAAACAUCCAAAAUUGCAACAUUUUUCAGUAAAAUUACGCACCUUAGUGCCUGUCCUGUUUCGCUAUCUUUGUGGAUUUUGAAGUUCCUGUGCUAUGCGGCGGUCUUUCUAGUGCACCUACAGACUGGCUGAGAGCAGACUGCUCCCUUUCAGUUGAGUCUGCACAGAUGUCUGUUGAUUGAUGAGAAGUUCUUGGUCUAGAUUGGUUGUCUUCAGAAUGUUAUGUUGGGCCAAUUGAAGGACCAGUCUGCGAUAGCCACCUUAGGCCAUGGGUGAGGGUGCUGUCUGAUAGGCCAUGGUGGGAGGUGAUGUGAGGGAGGAUGUCAAUUCACUGAACCUGCAUAUCAUGUGACCUCUUGAGGGACAUAGUGGUCCAACAGUCUCCAACAUCUACUCAACUAUUGUUUCAGCCUCCAAAGCCAGAGAUGACAGAGCAGACUAACCACAAAUCACGGGUGUCUGAUUCCUUCACUUUUCUUAGACUGAGCUCUGUGCAAACUGUGGGCAGGACCCUGCUCAUGAUGAAGAAGUGUGAAUUGCUUGCAUACACCUCUGCUCUUGCAGAGAAAAGACAAUUUGCUGUAUGCCAUUUCUCUUCUCAGGACAGUGAUGUGCUCACGCUUGGCAGUUCUCUGUUUGUGCAGGGCAGCACUCUGUUUUAUCUCUGUUACUGACGAACAGGGAGGCAACCACGUAUAGCAUUCCUUUGCUCCUCUAAGAUUGCGAUCCAUUCAUGGGUAGCAACCCUUUGUCCAUUGAGAGCAGAAAUCUGCUCAGUGGUAUCAUCUCUCUGCUCAUUGAAGACAACGAGCUACAACCUGGUAGCUUAUCACUGUUCCUGAGGAGUUUCAAGCUGCUGCUGUGUGGCAAAGGUUAAACUUCUAAGCUGAAUCAGGGAAAGAUUGUAUAGAAGCAGAAAUAUGAUGUGUGGCCUCCGUAACAGCUAUCACUUGCACUAGUAGUUGCUACGUGACAGGUAUGUCACCAACACCCAGCAAAAAAAAUGUGCUUCCCAUCUAGAGUGGAGGUCAUAGUCUACUGGCUCCACACAGCCCCUGCAUCCAGUAAGGCAGCUCUGACAAUGUACUAAUCAUCUUGUUGUGCACUGUAUCUGCCUUGUCAUGAAUUCAUUGUGAUUGUGGUCCACAUCUGAGUCUUCUCACCCCUUAUGGUGCCAAUUUCUGCAGUGAUAGACACAAUGACUCAAUAUGGUCAUCAUCAUCUCCCACCUCCUCCUUUUCUGCCAAUGUCCCCUACUGUUCCUCCUGCUCCUCCAACUCCCUCCUGGGGAUGGCCCGUCCCAAGACGCUGAACGACAAAACAGAAAAGAGUUGCACUUGUGAUCUGUUACCAAAACACCUUUAUGAUGGUGCAGCAAUGAAGAUGGUAAUGAGGAUGUCUACUGGUGAUCAAAUUAAAGGGGAUAUACUGAUCACAAUAAAACAUUGCUAGUGUGCAUAUUUGACAGAUUGAGCUGGUUUGAGGCUUGGUGGGUCAUCUGCCCAUGAGGGGGCAGGAUGUGGAGGACAUUGACUGACCUUCGUAUAUUCUUGUAUUUGAAACGGGGACUUAAGGGCAGAAUGUCAUUGGGACAGUGAGGUUGAGGGGUGGUGAGGGAGAGGUAGGGACAUAUGGUUGGUGUGAUUAACGGUUUGUAGGUGGCAGAAUGAAAGCAGUACUUCUGUUGGUCCGAAGCUCACCUCAACAUACCUCAUCAGGUCAUGAAAUUUCUUCCAUGGGAUGGGAUUCUCAUUACUGUAGCUGCCACCUGCUACUCUAUUUGAACUGUUUCCUUGGUGGCUCUCUUGUUUCCAUUCCCCUCACUCAUAGGAUUUCUCCCAGCCUCUCAUUCAUUCAUCAAGAUUUCCAUGUUUCUCUGGGAGAAAAGUGGAUUUCUCUUUCUUUCUGCAUGGUGCUGUUAGUGUGUUUUGUUACUGUGUGGCUGCUAGGAAGUGACAUUAUGGGCUGAUCAGUUCUCUGUCUGUCGCACAGCAAAGUGUCUCCAACUGUUCUAAAUUGGUAGAGGUCAUCUUUGUAUCUCCACAGGUACCAUUUUAGCGCAUUUGAUUCUGGGUGCAAACCACCACAAUUCUUUUUGUAAUGUAUCCAAUUUUGCGAUUUUUAUGUAUACAGCACGUAUACAUGUGAUUUGGUUUUAGCACUGUACACUGCAAGUUUUUUAGCACACCUAAAAAGAUAAAGCCCAAUUUUUAGGUUUAUUUGCUUUCACGUAUUGUGAAAUAAGCCAUAAGACCACAAUAUAUUUGGCACAAUUUGGCCAUUUUUGUCAACUCCAUUCUCCUGCCUUCUCCCCAUAACCCUUAACCCCCUUACCAAUCAAGAACCUAUCAGUCUCUGCCUUAAAUACACCCAAUGACUUGGUCUCCACUGCCCUCUGUGGCAACGAGUUCCACGGAUUCACCAAUCUUGUCAGCAAAGACUUAUGAACAUGCAAGCUCAUUCCUGUUAAUGAUUUUUAUUGCACACUACAUAGAAUACAAUUGGAUAGCUGAUGAUUCUGUUCUGAAUUUGAUUUGGAUAUCAUUUAACAAAAAAACUGAAAUAUAUUGGGGGAAAUCUAUUCCAGAUCUUUUCUCUUCAAGAUGCCUUUUAAUUCAUGGCUCUUUAUGAUUCCCAACAAGUACAUUAAAAGUAAUGCCCUGUAAUUCCGUCAUUUUUUUCUAAUUUGCACACUGAUUUGAUUUUGCAACCAGUUUGAUUUCAGUGGUUUGAUUGUUUUAUUUUUAAAACUGUUUUAAUUUAAGUAUUUAUUACAAUUAAGUUGCCUGGGUUAAGGAACUCCAUAAAGUUUACUUGUGCCUUGUUCAGAAUUGGUCAGUUUGUUCAUAUUAAUUUUCCUUAGAAGUUUAACUGUAUGUUAUUGGGUUAUUUGUCAUACCUAGCACUAGUUAUUAUUUAUAGUGAAUACUGAAUUAUGAGGUACUGAUCUAAUUGUUGAGGAAGUACAUAUUAAUGCAUGUAAUUUUGGUGAACAGUGGUUUAUAACUCUUUAUAUACAUAUAACAAGGAUUCAUGCUUCUAACUUAUGAUCAUUUACAUUAGUUGGUUCACAGCUUGUUUUAUUUAAUUUUACUAUAGAAGCCCAGUUAACUCCCAGAGCAUUUUUGGAACAAUCUUUCUGAGAUUAAAUAUGAAAAUCGCAAACCAUUUUACCCCCCAAAAAUUCCCUAACUUUUUACAAAUAGUUUAUUUAGUUUCCCAGUGUUCCCUAAAUAAUAGAUACAAUAAGUAUCAAAGAAGCACCAGGAGUUAUGUAUGAUGGUUCUUGUUCACCAAAAUCCUGCACUUUUCUAUCAUUAUAAAACCCAUUUGCAUUAUAUGUGAGUAACCCAGUAGCUGAGUUUUUGUUAUUUUCUUUCCAGUUAUUAGCUUUCAGCCCAGGCCAAUUUAUUUUAGGAUCGCAUCAUAUUUCAAAAAGUACAUGUUAGCCUGAUUAAGAAAAAGAUCUGUAGUAGUCACAGAAUUAGCCAAAUAGUUGGGUGUAAAGGAAGAUAACUUGUUAACUCUCUGGAUUACCAAAUAAUGUAUGAAUGUUGAUGAUUCAUAUAGAAAAGUGGUGGAUAAUAGAAAAGAAAGUAUCUAAAUAUUCCCAAGUAGUCAAUAGAAUUGAGAUAAUUUCAGACUGGUUACUUAUAUGAUCUGUUGAGCAUUAGCACUGUUUCAGAAUUUGAUUUAUGCUCAUGGUCUAUGUAUUCAUAUUGGUAGCUCCCUAAAGUUACAAACAAAUGAAGGUUGAGGGAAACGGUAGCUUAAAAUGUGUUUUUUAAGCAUGGAGAUAAGCAGGAUAAAGAUAAAGAAAGAUUUGUUCAUCUAGAAGAGUUAAAUUGAAAAGGUAAAAAAUUCAAUUAGUUAUGAGUCAGUUUCAGUUUGGCGUUUGUACCUGGGGUAAGAACUCUUGGAAGCAAAAGCUAAAUUGAUACUCCAGUCCACCGCUGAGGGUUAAGAUGCUGUACUUCGGAUAAUAUGUUAAACCAAGGCCUUGUCUGACUGUUCUAAUUCUUGAAGUGCUGUAUCCAUUAACUUAUUGCAAAAACAAGCAGGGAGUUGUCCCAUAAUCCAGAUAAACAAUGCUCUCUGAACCAAAAUUACCAAAAACAGAUGAAUGGAUAAUUUAUCUCAAUGCCAUACUUUGGACCUUGGUGUAAGCAAAAGAAUGUUGAAUUUAGUUACCUGUCAAUAGACAUCACACUUCAAGGUAAUUCCACGUAGUAGUAGCAACAUUCAUGAUUUAUAAACCACAACAAUGCACCAAAGGCAAUGGGUUACAAACUACAUUCCUGUUGUUCAUUUUUUAGUGUAAUGCUCAUAUUUACAAUUCCUUUUUAUUGAUGAUUUAGUGUUGUCAACAAGUUUUUGAUUAUGGCCAGCCAAUCUGUUUCAAUGUAUAAUUAAAUAAGCUGCAGUUUAAAAUUCUACUGCUUUCAUGAACUAUCACACCAGAUUAUUAUGUACUUAUUGCAUCAGGACAGUUGUUUCCUAGGUACCCAUUUGUAAGUCUCAGAUCCCCAAUAAAUUUGAUGAACAUAUAAUAUAUUAUUAUACACUAUGUAUAGUAGCAUGUAUUGCUGGGCAGUAUUUUGUGUUUAGAGUGUACUAUAUAUUAACCUUAUAAUAUCUAAUCUGUUAGACUGAUCUUUGUUUCCAUUGUGUUAUGAUUCAUAUACAACAUUCCAAGAAGCUCUGUUCUAUGUGCAGUUACUUAUCUAGCUUCUUUAAUUGUCCACUUCAUAACAGUCAUCCAGUUACAAAGCAUUCUACACCUAUAAUUUUGAAGAUGACUGUCACCUGAAAACGUGCUUUAUUCCACUAUUUUAAAAUCCAUCUCAGCUUGAAGGAAUUUGGCUUAAUAGGAUACAGCUUGUGAAACGGCUCAUAAUCUCAACAUACUAGUUGACUCGUGUCUGAGUUUCUAACCCCUCAUCCUCUCCAUCGCCAAGAUCUCCUGCUUUCAUUUUCUUAAUAUUGUCCAUCUCUUCCCCCAGCUCAGUUUAUCUGUUAGAUGCAGACUUGACCACAAACUGUUCUCUGCUGGCAAGUCUCUCACCUUCAAACCUCCAUAUGCUUGAAAUAAAAACUGAAAAUACUAGAAAUAGUCCAGCAACCAGGCAGCAUCUAUGGAGAGAGAAACAGAAUUAAGAUCAGGUCAAUAACAUUUCAUCUAAUGGAGCAAUUACAGUGUAAAUAUAUUGAAUGUGAAGGUUUCCACAUUCCAUCGUUAUCAGCCUUCAUGAUUUCCAAUGUCUCCCAUAUGAGGCCGUCACCAGGCACAACUUCCCCUCCACUCCCUUUUCACCAUUCAAAAGGAACUGUUCUUUCCAAACACUAGUUCAUUCAUACAUCUCCAACAAUAGUCACAGCUUGCAACAGCUUCCGUGGAACCACUGAGAUCUCUUCCAGUUCCUACCUCUUAUCCUCAGCUUUCGUUAGUUGGCCGUUAGCAAGCAUGCCAUCAGCUGCUGAAGCAUGAAGCUGGAGUUCACGGCCUAAACCUCUCUUCUCUCCUCAAGUUCAUCUUAAUAAUCUCUUUAGAACCUACACCUUUUGCAAAGCAGUUGGUGCCAGUCCUAAAAUCUUUUUAUGGCAUGAAGCUUGACCAGAUGCAGCAUAGUGAGCAGGUAGGAGAACACUCCAAAUUUGCCUUAAUUGUUGCUACAGGGUGAUCACUACAACAAAUCCUUCCUCAUUCGAGAGUCUCAAAUGUGUUCAUAUUUCUUUGCCUUUCUUUGACUUACAUUGUACAUUUAUGCUACUUUCAAUUUAUACUACUCCCCUCACCCUACCCUCACAACUAUGGAGCUACUGUCCAGCAACAUGCUGCCUCCAGUCUUUUGGGUUCCUCUUCAGCAACAGGUCACUGUUAAAUCACUUUCUUUUCCAAAUGUUUGGUAUUUUCACUAAUACUUCAGUCUCCCAUCGUGGAAACGUGGAUCCUGUAAAAAUGUUCAAGCUAGUAGGUAAACACAAGAAUAAUUUAGAAAAAAGUAAUAACUGAUGAGAAGUGGGAAUAUUGGGAGCAACCGAGAAGUGAACAAGUGGGUUUGAGAAAAAGCCAAGUGUGAAAGGAGUGGAGUUAAGCAUGUGAAGCAAAUGAAGGAGGAGUGGAGAUAGCAUGGAAUAGUUGAUAAUGAGCUAGAGAAAUAGGAAGCCUAGAACUACUUGAAUCCUGAGUUUAGAUGAGCCACUGUUACAGAGGAACGUGGUGAAACCUUUCUUGGGGCAACUCAUCUGGUUUCUCAUUCACCCUCAUAGCUCACAGAAGCUGUGAAUUUCAGUUUUGUAGGUUUCCAGUGGAAGUCAUGAGAAAUAUGCAGGGUGAACGUAUCUCUUGAACUUUUAAAGUUGUAGUGGGAUGAAAGGAACUGAAAUUUUGAAGAAGAUUGGGGACUUGGAGAAAAUAACCACAAUAGUUAGCAAUGUAUAGACUUAAGCAAUGAAGAAGAAAUAGGCUUGCUUCUAUUGGCAGACUAAAGAAACUUAGCAUUAAGGAUAUUUUCAAAACCAUGCU